GGAUUCGGGUAACAGGUUUACUUCCUUCUUUUCUGCAGUAGUGGAAGUAAAUGAGGCCUUUAUAAUUAAUGCUAACAAUUCCUACCAGUGUCUCAACUUUUGUGAUUACCUACUACAACAAAUUCUAGUUGCAGUGUUGGAAAAGGCUGUGCUACUGCACCCUUAACAGAAAGUGGGCAUCUUAUCCCAAAGGGCAACUUCCACCAUCUUUUUCGACAUUUCUUGAGAUGCAGUUUUAUUUUGUAAGCUACGGGUGUUCCGCUUUCUGUUUGCCAUAUAUGGUUGUCACAGUGACGUCGGUGGUUUCUGCUGGUCUCGCGGCCGUCUCCCCUUCACCAUGACAACCACAGAUUUUCAGCAUCGUCAGAGGAGCAGCUGUUGUGAUGCUGUAGUGAUUCAAGCAGUCGUGCUUUAGUAUUACUAGUCGUUAGUUUCACGGAGAUAUACUUCAUGUAAGAAGGUCAUCUUUGCCGUGAAGGACCCUCAUGUGUCGGAGACCAACUGGAGGCAGAGGGAAGCGCCGUUGAACUCCGUGAACAAUAUGGCUCUGCUUCAGCAUCCCCGGCUGCUCCUCGCUUGUAUCGUGCUGCUCUCUGCACUGCAAGGUUUCCACACUCGGUCUUCGCCGAUAUCGGACUUAAAAUCCAGAAUAUCCGGGGUGGAGGAGUUGUUAGAGGAAUUCCGUAAGCAGCUCCAGCAGGACCAGGCGUACAGGGCGGGCGAUGUGUUUGACUCCUGUGUGGGCGAGUUCAGCGCUGUUGGGCAGCGCAUCAUCCGGGCCAAGGCCUCCAUCGAGCAGGGGGCCACCUUCCUGCUGGCGCCGGACAGAGUGUACACCUGGAAGGACUGCCUGCACGCCUGCUGCUCCCAGCCUCACUGCACCGUGUCGGUGGUCCAGGAAGACCUGAGUCAGCCCGGAGACAGUCUCAGCUGCUACCUGUUCAACUGCACCUACAGAAAUAGAAAUGUCUGCUCCUUCGCUCCGCAGCAAGGCUUCACCACAUACAGCCGGACUCCGAACGCAACGCAGGGACAUCCGCCCUUUUCCAGCGGCUCAGGCAGGAGCCGCGGGGAAGGGCUGCCCGAUGAGGGUGAUACACAAGAUGUGGAUGAGCCUCCUCGCAGCGAUGCUGGACAGGAUGUGGUGAUCCAGCUGCCCACGGACUGGGCUGUCCUGGAUGGACGGGACAGUCUGGACGACCAUGGGAUCAGCCGCUAUGAAUGGACUCUUGUCAAGGGGGACACAGCCAUCAAUAUGAAGGCGACCCACCCAGGGCUGCUGAAGGUCAGUGGCCUCCAGGAGGGGUUGUACACCUUCCAGAUGACUGCCACUGACACAGCCGGUCAGAAGAGCUCCGACAACGUGUCUGUCACAGUGCUCGCCCCAAAACACCAAGCAGAAGUGUGUACAGGUCACUGUUCAAACUACCAGUUCAAGUGUGACGAUGGCUGCUGUAUUGACAUCACAUACGCCUGUGACGGGAAGCAACACUGUCCAGACCGUUCUGAUGAAGACUUCUGCCCAAACUUUGAUGGCAGCCGGAAGUCUGUUACCCACUCUGCUGACCUACCCAGCCCUCGCUGGCCUGUAGCCCAGACAGAGGAGGCUGAGGACAGCUCCAUGCUCCAGACUGGGCCCAGAAUGGCCAUGGAGAAGUUUAUACCACCUCCUCCACAAAGUCCCAGUCAACAAGAGGCUUCAGUGAGUCAAGGGCCGUGUGCUGCAGCUCCAGUCGUGGGACCCUGUAAAGGCACCUUUCCACGUUGGUACUAUGACCAAAACGCAGGAGAAUGCAAACACUUCCUGUAUGGUGGUUGCCAGGGCAACCAUAACAACUUCCUCCAGGAAUCUGACUGUGUCAGUGAAUGUAUACAAAAAAGUCCAGCAUUCAAACCUGCAACUGUGGCCCCUCCCAUCACUAAACAGACUGAGAUAGCUGCUGCUAAGGUCUCCCAGAGCCAGGCAGAAAGCGGCAUCCCCUUCUCCAAACCAUUUCCCGCCAUGGGAGGGCAUCCAGCCCCAGAGUCGGGUGCAAUCCUUCCUCUGGCACUCGGUAUAAUCAUCACUGCUCUCCUGCUGCUCAUGAUCAGCUGUCGUCUCAGACUUGUUCGUCACAAGCUGAAGAAGGCGCGACCCCUCACCACAGAGGAGUCAGACUACCUCAUCAACGGCAUGUACCUGUAACCAGUCAGAGCGCUGAGAUCUGACAAAGAGCAACAAGGGUGUCAUCACCAGAGCCUGAGCCAGGACUUUUACUAGUCUCAAAUUUGUUCUGGCUUCAGGUCAGAACCAUCUCAAUUCUCUGCUGGAGUGAACGUUUCCAACCACCCCCACCUUGGACCCCUCUGCCAGGUAAACCUGCCAAUCAUAGAUGCUGCCUUCAGAGUCAGUGACACAUAUCCAUACAGUAUACUUGUAAAUUCAUACUUACUUCGUUGUCUUUAAAAAAAAAUCUGAUUGUGAUUCCCUGGAGAAAUCCAGCAUUCCUUGUUCGAAACUGACUACUGUGUAUUCCCCCAGUGACCUCUGGGAUACAUAUGAGAGGCUCUUUUGACCCUUUUAUUAAAAUUGAUAUUCUGGGCAGCAUGGUGUAGCAGUGGUUACCACUGUUGCCCCACAGCAAGAAGGUUCUGGUUUCGAGCCCAGGCCAACCCAGGGAAUUUCUGUGUGGAGUCUGCACGUUCUCCCUGUGCCUGUGUGGGUUCUCUCCAGGUACUCGGGCUUCCUCCCACAGU